UCUCGAUAAUAAAAACGCACGCGUCCUCGGAUUCGGUUCGGCAAUGGCAGCCCACGUCGCCAGCAGCGAAGUUGUACGCUCGCAGCCCUCGUCGGGCGGUGGCAUUUUGGCCCGCGUGGAUCGGUUGGAUAUCAUGCUGGGUUACCUUGAGGAGCUCCGUGGCAGUCACAGCAGCCGCAGCACCUCCGCCGCUGCGUCCGGCGACGCUGGAGCCGUGACGACGAGCGAAGUCAGCAUCUCUUCGGUCGACUCUUCACCUAGAAGCACCGACCGGCGCCGGUGUCGGCCUAUCGGAGCAGUCGUCGUCGAAACGCAGGUCAAAGGCAACCUCAUGGACCGCGUGGAAUACCUUGAGAAACGCCUGCUUAAGUUCGAGGAAGCGAGAGAGUUGGAGGAGGAGGAGAAGACGAGUGGGGGUGAAGAGAUGAAGAGGAGUAAUGCGGAGAAGGUGAAGAGAAAGCGUGGCAAAGGGUUGCAGCGGCUGGUGGCUUCGUGUGUAAAGGGAGAUCUGGAAACGCAGUAAUAUCUCAUGUAUAGAUACUGCUGGUUGUGAUUUGUGAAUGGAAUAAGUGCUGUCAUUUUGGUUUUAAUUUGGUGCAUGUAAAUUAAUGUACGAGGGCCUUGUUUUCUGGAAGAAGAUGGAGAAGUUUCUGAUGAGAAUUGAUGAAAUGAAUACGUUCUAGUAUAA